ACGCCAAGGUAGGGCCUUGCAGAAAGGAGAAAUGGAAGACUCUGGGAUACCAGAAGAGAAGGGAAUGGGAGCCUGCGAAGGUGAUGUUGUGAAGGAAAUGGAGGCAAUGGAUCUCAAUUUGAGUUCAAAGUCGGCAAAAAUUGUGGACCUGCUUAGGCGAUUUCUCGGAGUUCAGCAGCGGAGGGCGAAGGCGUACGCUAGUUGGCACCGGGGUUUUGCAGAAUACAUGGCUCAUGGAGAAGAAAUGGCUUAUCAACAACUAUGUGCCGAGAUCACUACUGAGUUCAAUGACUGUUCAAAGGAAGUCCUUGAAAUGGAAUCACUGUUUUUGAUGCCUGAAACAUCACGCAGCGACCUUGCUUGUCUUUUGAAGGAGGUACAAGUGCAAGAGAAGCAGAAAUUACAUUUGACUGCAAAGAUUCAGAUUCUGAAGAAGGCCGGUCGGCCAUCAGAGAGGCUGGUGAGCCAUGAAAGCUGUCGCUCCGGCAACGAAACAAAGCAUGAGUGCCGGCAUGUACGGGAGAUUACUGAAGCAGAUGGAACUCUGGAUGCUGAGGCUGACGCUGAGUAUGAAAGGUCUCUCAAGGAAGCCAUUAGAGGAGUCCAAGAUGCAGUGACAAGCAUCAAUGAGCACCUGGAGGAGGUGAGGUAUGAGAUUGAGGAACUAUGUCCAGGUAGCUUCUGUGGUACUGUAAUCUAAUUUGUCCCAUCGUUUUGGAAAAUAGCUCUACAAAUUGGAGUGAAAGAUCAAAAUUUACUCAUGGUUAGCCAAUUUUAUGGGAUCGUGCUGCAGAAUUCCUGUCUCUAAGUGGAGCUGUAGAUUUAGUCAACAAAUUCAUACCUCGGAAUAUGUUUAUAUUUAGGGAUAUUUACAUAAAUAGCACCCAAUUCCUAUGCAUUUACAUAUCUAACACCUAAACUUUGCUUU